AUGGAUAUAAAGCAAUUCUCUAUGCUUCGUUUAAUUGGCAAAGGAGCAUACGGAUAAGUAUUUUUAGCUAAAAAGAAGGAUACCAACAAAGUAUAUGCUAUAAAAACAUUGAAAAAAAAAGAAAUUGAUAAGAAGAAAUAAGCUUAACAUGUAAUGAUGGAAAAAACUAUUUUAAACUAAGCCAAACAUUAGUUUAUUGUUUCCCUCUCAUAUACGUUUUAAUCUGACAAACAUUUCUAUUUUGUUUUGGAAUACUGUGCUGGCGGCGAUUUAUUCAGUUUGUUAAGAGUAAAAAGAAGGUUAAAGGAAGAAUAAAUAUAAUUCUAUGCAAUUUUAAUAAUUCAUGCAUUGUAAUUUCUACAUACUUAAAAAAUUAUUUAUAGAGACUUAAAACCUGAGAAUGUACUCAUAGACGAAAAAGGAUAUAUCAAGUUAACCGAUUUCGGACUUUCCAAAAUCUUGCUUUAAGAAAAGGCAGACUCUAUAGUUGGAACACCUGAAUAUCUAGCUCCUGAAAUACUUACUUAAAAUGGCGAUGGAUACGAUUAUAAAGUAGAUUGUUGGUCCUUGGGAUGUUUACUAUACGAAAUGAUUGCUGAAUGCCCUCCUUUCAUCUCAGAAUAGAGAGAUCAAUUGAUUAAGUUGAUUAAAACAAAACAACCUGAGUACAACUUCCCCAUAUCCAAUGAACUCAAAGAUCUGAUUGUGAGUCUAUUGUAGAAGGACCCAAAACAAAGACCCUCCUUAAUGGAAGUUAAAUCAUUUGCAUUCUUUAAAAAUGUCGAAGAUUGGCAAUCUUAUUUAACAUAUAAGGUCAUACCUCCCUUCUUGCCUGUAAUUCAUGGACCUGAAGACGUUAGCAAUUUCGAUACUGAAUUUACUUAAUAAGAACAAUUUGGAUCUCCAAGUGAUGGAUCCAAUUCAGAUAACAAAUUUCCUGGCUUUUCUGGUAACAAUUCUUAAUAAUGA